AUGUCAUUUCAAGACGGAGAAAUUAAAGCUAUGUUCUUGCCCCCUAACGUAACCUCCCUUUGCCAGCCUAUGGACCAAGGAGUUUUGGUAAUGCUUAAGAAGUUGUAUAGGAAGAAACUCCUUUCAUGUCUCAUUCAAGCCCUAGAUGAAGGAGUCGAAUUAGUGGAUAAGUUAAAAAAAAUUGAUAUGCUGGAUGUUGUUGGCUGGAUUUCCCAGGCAUGGGAUGAACUCAAUCCCCUAACGCUCGUGCGUUCUUGGAGGAAGCUCUUGGACCACCAGGGAAAUGAGUUCAACGAAGAAAUUAAAGAUGACGAGCUAGCCACUUUAAUGGAAAAAAUCCCAGGUUGUGAAGAAGCUUCACCUACAGAUGUUUUCGAGUGGAUGGAACAAGAUGAAGAAAGCGGACCAACUUCAGAGGAAGAAAUAGUUGAUGCUUUAAAAUCAAGAGAGGAUAGUGAAGAAGAGUCAGAAGACGACGAAGAUACCACUCAAAAAUCAAAACUGACACACAGCGAAGGUGUAAAAAUUCUUCGAGGGAGCGAUCCAGUAUUUACAGGAAUAAGGGACGACUGGAAUGGGACAUUUUGUUUCUUCGACGAUUACGUGACGAGGCGGCUCGGCGAAGAAACCAAAGUGAAAAACAAUUAA